UGCUGCCCUCUUUGUAUUUGGCAGUACUGUCUGGGGCGACAACAAAGGACGGACGCCUACUGUAAUUUCACUUGUUUUGAGCCUGCAGAAGGCUCAGUAAGACACUUCAUGGUCGUCUGCAGUCGGUUUUUCGUGUUGUGCAUUCAGUGCUCGGUCAAAUCCCGCCGACGUUGUUUGAGUUCAGAUUGUUUUCGAUGGUUAUCGAUUUUCAGCUGAAUUCCCAUCUGACGACACUGGCCAGUAUCCACAAGAUCCAUCACACCUUACACCGGCUGAAUCUGACCGAAGACGUUGGACAGGACAGCCACCCCUCAGCUUGCUGCUCUAGAGCCAUGCCGCCGAGAAAAAAGAGGAGACCUUCUGCUGGAGACGACCUAUCAGCCAAGAAAAGUCGCCAAGACAGUAUUUUCAGAAAACAUGAGACGUCGCAGAUCCGGGAGGAGGAGACGUUUUCCAGUAAAAGAUGUUUGGAGUGGUUCUAUGAGUAUGCAGGUUGUGACGACGUCGUGGGUCCAGAGGGCAUAGAGAAGUUCUGCGAGGACAUUGGAGUAGAGCCAGAGAAUGUGGUGAUGCUGGUUCUGGCUUGGAAGCUGGAUGCUCAGAGUAUGGGGUACUUCACUCUUCAGGAGUGGCUAAGAGGCAUGGGCUCACUGCAGUGCGAUUCCACUGAGAGACUGAGGAAUUCGCUCGACUACCUGAGAUCUGUCCUGAGCGACAGCACCAGUUUUAAGCUCAUCUACAGAUACGCCUUUGAUUUCGCUCGAGAAAAAGAUCAGAGGAGUCUGGACUUGAACACAGCAAAGUGCAUGCUGGGGCUUCUCCUGGGGAAAACAUGGCCUCUGUUUCCUGUGUUUAAUCAGUUUUUAGAGCAAUCCAAGUACAAAGUCAUCAACAAAGACCAGUGGUGCAAUGUUUUAGAGUUCAGCAGGACAAUCAACCUGGACCUUAGUAACUAUGAUGAAGACGGUGCCUGGCCUGUUUUGCUGGAUGAGUUUGUGGAAUGGUACAAGGAAAGACAGAUGUCAUAGCUACAGAUGAGGGGUGAGAGGGUGAAUGGAAGAAAAAAAAAGUUUAACUGUGAUCACAACUACUCUUGAGCAUAAACAACCAAUAAGCAAAACACAACAAAAUCGGUAAGGCAGUGACAGUUGGUGCCUCCUGGUUAAAAGAAGGGGUUCAGGCUGUGGGCGGGUGGGUAAGUGGGUGGUUUGGGGGUUUUGCUGUCCUCCAACUCCCCGUUCGGAGGAGCGCUGUCCUUGUAGAGUUAUGCUCCCUAUGGAAGUUGCAUUGUGGGUUGGACCCCUGUUCCCGAACCCCACCGAGUGGCGUUGCUCUCUGUCACUGUGACGUCUCAUAUUGUUGUCUGUGUUGGGAUGACACGGUAUCUGUCGUACGCUGACGGUGGAAACAAAAUGGCGUAGUCAGCGCAGGGAAACCAACAGGGGCGACCAUUCGCGGGUUGUGUUCGACUCUCAACCGGGAUCACUCGGAAACCCCCUAGGCACACUCGAGUAUUAAAAGACCCGUGCAAUGAACUUCGACCUGAGCUCCUCGGGACAGAUGGCACUAACUAUUGUUUGUGGGUUUGUUUAGUUUAGUAGUUCUCCUAAAAAGCACACUGUGUCAAAGGGUUGACUGCAGGUUUCUGAUGCCUGCGCCGUUUACUAUUAA